AAAAAAGAAAGCAAAAUGGAGUUACCUUUGGAUGUAGAGGAUGGCACUUUCACCAACAUUUCUUUGGCAGAUGAUUCAGAGCGUCGCUCAGGAAUUCUCUCUUCAAAAGCGGAAAGAGCCCAUUCUACAAUGAUGAAUGCAGACAUGGAUGCUGUAGAGGCUGAGAAUCAGGUGGAAUUAGAAGAGAAAACACGGCUUAUUAACCAAGUUUUGGAACUGCAGCACACACUUGAAGAUCUCUCAGCACGAGUAGAUGCUGUUAAGGAAGAAAACUUGAAACUGAAAUCAGAAAACCAAGUUCUUGGACAGUAUAUAGAAAAUCUGAUGUCAGCGUCUAGUGUUUUCCAAACAACUGACACAAAAAGCAAAAGGAAGUAAGGGUUGACUCUCAGAUGAUGUCAUUGUAUUGCUGCUGUCUUUUUUUGUUUUAAUUGGCAUAGGCUACAUGAGCUAAAAUACCUUAGGUUUGUGGCUUUACUGGAUACCUGAAGAUUAUAAACCUUGGUGAUAAACAGAAUUAAGAACAUUAUCAUGAGCAGGAGACAUAAGUUUGUGUAUUGUUAAGAUUAAGCAAUGUGCAAAUGUAGUGUAGAGACUUACUAAACUUUCAUAUUUGUUUUAAAAAUAAGCAUAUCUUGUUAAAAAUUGGAUUCAGUUUGUCAGGUUAAACAAAAGUCUGUUGGCGCUCUUUGAGGUCUUAGGGUAGUGUUCUUGACUAGCAAAAUAAUAGUUAUAAUAUUGUGUUGAAACCUCAUUUGAUGAAAAUAUUCAAAGUCUAAUUGCAUCAACUUUAAACAAAAACCUAUAAAUCAGUUAAGAAUUUCUAUGAAGUAAUAACAGUAUGACAUUAUUUGUAGGGCUUGCAUACAGAAAAACACUUAAGAUUUUUUGGGAAGGGGGAGGGUAAGGGAAGAGGAACAAGGAUAAGCAACUUACAUCAGGGAAAUACCAAAUUGAUGCAGUAUCAGAGUGUGUAUAGUUUGCAAGGUGUACACGUCAAACCAUUUUCACUUUCCUGUUUCCUCAAAGAAUGAUCAGGCACAGCAUCAUGAUGUAUGAUCUUCCUGAAGUUUUCCAGUUGUAUGAUGAAGAGUUAAAUAAAAACCUGAGUAAUAAGCUUUACACAAACAGGUCAACAGUGUUCCUCAUGCUCGUUGGGAACAAUCUGCAGUGAGGAACCAAGAACAAGUCUUUCGUUGCCACUUUUUACUUCCCUCCUGAAGUGCCAAACUUUUCUUUGCUUCAGGCCUUAGAGCAACUGCGUUCCUGCCCCAGAGCCCGAGUUUGUGAAGUACCUCUUGAGGCACCGCUCAAAAACAUCUAAGGCAGUGGAACAAAGGUGGCUUUUGCCUCUCAAAUCUGUGCUGCUCAGAGCAAUGCCUAGCAUCAAGGUGCCCUGUUUUUUACUGGCUUGGCUGUUUGUUAGCAGGUUUUGUAAAGGAGCUCAGCCCAGAUGAUGGGUCUGAGUACUUCCUGUAGAGGCAGCAGGCAUGCCUAGCAUGAUCAGUAUUAAGGGAGAGCAGAAGCUGAAAUACAAAAAACGAUGUAAGUUUUAGCAGUACUCAGUUGCAUCUGUUUCAUCUUGCCAUACAGCAACAUUGCAGACUUAUUUAUGGUUGUUACCUAGAACUGAGGUCUGUCUCUUCAGUAACAAAGCCAUUGUACAUUACCUUUUAACAAAAGGAAACCACUAGUUCAAGGAUCUAUUUCAACCUUGCUGUGAUGCAUUCUAUAAAAAUAAAGCUGCAGAAACUGAAUGAGUGGAUGCAAUAGUAGAAUAAAUCCCCAAGUUUCUUGGCAGCUAAGUACUGCUGUGUCAAGCGUAAGCUGACAUUGUGAGGUCCCCCCUCCCAAAGGGGAGGUCUCCCAUUUCUCCCCAUUUAAGAUGACUGUACAGCACUCACCAGAGUGUCGGCAAAGUCAAAUGAUUGCAAACAAAGCACUAAUGGUUCGGUCUUGAGGGCUGUUUACAAGUCUGAGUCAAGAAACCUGGUAAAGUUUUACCCACCAAGGCACAAAUGGCUGAUACCAUUUGUGUCAUGGGAUCCUGUAAACAUGUGAAAUUAUUUUUAAUCUUCUAUGGACUACUCUCUCACUUUAUUGCCCAACUGGAACUCUAAAUUCAUCCAGGAAUUGCUAGCAGGUAGAGCAGAUCACGUGGUUAGUCCAGGGCUUGAGCAUUAAAAAAAGAACAAUCACACCAAGCACUUGACUUAAAAAGAUUGCAUUGCAUUACAGCCAUCCUAGCUUUAAAGCCACGUCACUGCACAUCUCCAUCUGCACUGUAGGAGAUCAAGUGGUAACAGAGCAUGCGCUUGUUAGACUUCAGCAAUUUCCCCAAGAUCAAGUAAUCUUAAAAUCAUGGGUUUGUAUUGUAAGAUUGGAUAGUGAUAUUUUAUCCAUCGGUGUGUAUAUAGUAGUCAUUUCAUCUAUAUAGCAUUUUACAUUCCACUACGGUGGCCUUCACUUAACUUAUGAACUUAUGAACAUUUUAAAGAUGUUGUAUUUCUGACUUUACACUAAAUAAAAACUUUUGAUUUGUC